CUUUAUUUGCAUUGUUUUAUGUGAACCAAUUAUGAUGAGGCCGAGUAUCGUAAAAGCUCUAGAAGUUACAGUGGCAGAUCGGUUGUUUUGGGUAUACAACACAGUUUUUCAUGUGGCUGUAGCAUUAACAUCAGGAUUUAUGUUUUACAUUUUUCUCAAGUAUCAUAGCAAUUAUGCUUUAACUCGAUUUCUUCAUGUCUUUUUAUGUACUCUCGCCUACAUUCCAUUAAUGGUAGAAGCAUUACUACUUUUCUCCGAAUACAAUGUCUGGUCUUUAAGAUUGGAUCGUGCUAGGAAAUCAUGGAUUCAUGGAACAUUAUUAGGAAGUAGUUUUAUUAUUGCAACUAUUGGAAUAAGCAUAAAAAUAAAUUCGAAAAGUGAACGCAGUGAAGAGCAUUUUGUCAGCAAUCAUGCUAUAUUGGGUUUAGCUUCAUGGAUUGUUUGUUUUAUAUCAGUGGUAGGAGGAGUUCUGUCUUUAUAUUCUUCAAAGCUUAGGAACUUGAUCAGACCAGUCAUACUAAAACUCACCCACACUUUUUUGGGCUUGACGGCGUUUACACUCGGAAUGGCAAGUUUGAUUCUGGGAUUGGAUUUACCAGCAUUUAAUAAUUUCACGACACGAAACGAGAAGAUUGUUAUAACAGUAUUAUUGUCGAUUAUUACCAUUAUGUGUGGAACGAGAGUGAUUCGUUCGGCUGUAAAUCAGUUUAAAGCGAUAUUAACAUAACAAUUUUAAAAGUUUUGUGUAUUUAAAUAAUUCCUAAAAAUCUGGUAAAGAGAUAAACUGUUUUGUUUUGAUAUAAGAAUCAGCAGAUUAUUGAUUGAGAAAACGAAGGAGUGUUAUAGUGUAGGAAUAAAUCUAGUAGCUUCUAGAUUUUCCUUUUAUAAAUUGGACACUAGAACCUCAGGAUGAAAGUUUUAAAUAAAUUUAUUAGUUACAUACAUAGCUUUAAUACAUUUUUCUAAUUAUAUAUUUAACAAUUCGUUGAUUGAUUUUAGUGCAAAUACGAGGGUCAUUCAAUAAGUAAAGAGACAAAUUCUAUAAUUUUAAAACUAUUCAAUGAAUGUGUACAAUCUUUUCAGGGGUGUUAGUUGGCAACCUUGGGAUAUGCUCUGAUCAGCUGUUUCGUCAUUUUAUGUUAACAUAACCUCAAUAUUUUCAAUUCACCAUGGCAAGUCCACUAGAAGAUUGCACCUUCGAAGAGCAGCGCUCAGUCAUUAUAUUUUUAGUCGCAGAAGGUGUAAAACCAAGUGAAUUUUUUUCUAGAAUGAUGAUACAGUAUGGUAUAAGUUGUAUGAACCGUGCGAAUUUUUACAAUUGGGUUGAUCGGUUUAAAAGUAGCCGAACAAGUGUAGAUGAUGAACACUGAUGUGGACGUCCAGUGGAAGUUUCUGGUCCCUCGUUGGAAUCGAGGAUUGACGGACUUAUUCAUGAUAACAAAAGAAUUACUGUUGAAAUGAUAGCUGAGGAAGUUCAAGUAAGUGUUGGAACUGUUCACAAUGUCAUUCAGAACAAUUUAAAGUACAAAAAAACGUGUUCCAGAUGGGUUCUCAGACAACUUACUGACGCUCAUAAAUAAUUGGGUUGGGAGGUCUUAUCUCAUCCUGCUUACAGUCCCGACCUCGCCCCAUCGGAUUUUUACCUGUUUGGACCACUCAAAGACGCCUUACGUAGAAAAAAUAUUGCUAACAAUGAGGAUGUUAAGGAAGCGGUGCAAAAGUGGCUUCGGGGUAAAUCGAAAUAAUUCUUCGCCAAGGGAAUUAGGAAGCUGCAAGAAAGGUGGGACAAGUGCAUAACUGUGGGGGUUGAAAAAUAGCCUUAAUUUUGAAAGAUUGAAAUAUAACGGUUUUGAGCUAUAGCCAUUUGUCUCUUUACUUAUUAAAUGACCCUCGUAAUAAUGUGAUUAAGAGUCUAGGUAAAUUGUUCAAAAUUAUUCGAAAAACUAAAUUGUUUGAUAAUCAAUUAUUCUCAAAGAUUCCUCCAGCUAAAACAGCAAGUACGUACAAACCUUUGUUCUAAACCUGCACCAAUUACAGUUUUGAUAAAAGUCACACUAAGAUAAUGUUUCGUUCAUUUUUAACAGUACCUCUAUAGAAAAAUCCAACCAUUCAGCUGGAAAAAUAAUUCAUUCGACACUGACGCAGGAAUUGCUCUGCUCAUAAAGGUGUUAAAUGUACCGGUAUUUAUUGCUGUUAAAUUUAUAGAAUAUACAUGACACAUAUAUACUUCCAGAACAAUACCGACCUGACGAAGAACUUUUUUAUUUUUUCACAUUAUGAGAAAUUGUUUCGAUACUGGCAGGUUUAGCUAAAGGUUUAGCUAAAUAUAAUGCUGUAAAGGUUUGACACAGAUGUUUCGAAAGCCAGAUUUCAUCUUUAUCUGUAACUUGUGGAGGGUGUUUUUUUUUUUAUUGAGAGUGGUAACAAAAUCUUCAAAAGAUAUUAGACGUCUGAGACGUCUAAUAGUGCCGUAUUUCUACCGACUACAAAACUUCUACGCUUUUUCGCAGGAAUGUCACCUCGGAAUCACCAGUCGACAUAACUUCGAAGAAACGUGAUGAAAAGAUGGUCGCAGGUACUUCUCAACAAGUUGUUAGGGUAUGCUCAUAUAUUUCUUCUUCUAAAAACUCUCUCCUUUUGUCCCAGUAUCUUUUUCAUCAUGUUACCUAUCUAUUGCCAUUGUUCUAUGUUACUGGUCAUGACGUCUAAAAUGUAUUUUUUAGAGAGCCUAAUUCCAAUACGUUCUUCUAGGUCUAGCCUGAUCUCUUUCCAUUCUCCGCAUUGAAACAGGGUAUGCUCUACUGUAUCCACAUUCGGAUAGUACAUGCAUUCGUUUUGCUUAUUUACACUUAAUCUAUUCAGGUAUUCCAUAAACCAGCCGUGGCCAGUUAAACAUUGAGUAACAUGAAAUGUGACAUUUCCUAGUUUCUGUUUAUUCCAUUUUUCAAUAUUAGGUAUGAAUGUGUACGUCCAACUUCUUUUUUCGCAUGUUUCUCAUUUUUUCUGCCACGUUUCUAAAGUUUUUAUUCUAGCUUCUUUCUUUUCAGCUAUGCUCUUACCUUGAACUUCACAUCUUUCUUUAAUCAGCAAGUUUAUGGGUAUAAUUUCGAAGAUAACGAGGCUGCUUUCCAUAGAUGUUGUUUUAUACUCUCUGCAGAUUCUGAUCGCCCUUGGUCUUUGUAAUUGUGCUAGCUUUUUUCGGUUCAUUUUUCUAUGCAAAGCAUUUUUCCAAAUCUCUGUUCCCAAUAGUCUUCUCUUUGUUUCCGUAGCUCCCCCUUUAUUAGGCAUAAGUCUUAUUAUUGAGGCCAAAACCUUCUUUGCUUUAGCCACUGUGUUCUCCAAGUGUUUCUUAUAUGACAAGCUUCUAUCUGAUGUGACCCCCAGGUACUUUAUACUAUUUUUUGGUAUAAUAGAGAAUUCUUCAAUUGUUAACGUAAUUGGUCUACUCAGUUUUUCCUACCAAUUAAUAAUACCACUUUUGUUUUUUCCGGUGCUAGUUUGAGAUCAUUUAUCCACUCGCUGGUUUGUUACAGAAUGGGGUUAACCGAAAUUAUGAGGCCUUCUUCCGUUCUGUCUGUGACAAUGACUGCUAAAUUAUCUGCAUAUGCAAUGAGAUUAAUAGUAGGCAUUGUCUUUAUACGUAAUAUUCCAUCAUAUAGGAUAUUCCACAGUAGUGGACCCAAUACAGAUCUCUAAGGAACUCCAGCUGCUAUCAUAAACUCUUCUGCAUUAUCAUCUAUGAUUUUCCGGUCUGUAAAGUAGCUAGGCGACUAGUAUUUGUAGGUAUUUAGAUAUUUGGCGCCUUCUUAGUUAUUUGAGUAUGAUGUUCCAAGAAGCUGUAUUAAACGCAUUUGACCAGAAUUAGUAGAGCACACAGGCAUUUUGAUUUUUUUUUUUUCAUUUCCCUUUUUACAACCUCUACGACUUCCUUGACUGCAUGCACAGUAGACACGUCCUUUCUGAAUCCGUAGUGCCUUUCGCACAAAUCCCCUUUUUCCUUAAGUUCGUCAUUUAAUCUUGCUGCGAUUAUUUGUUCCAUUAAUUUCUCCAUUGAAUCAAGUUAGCAUACGGGUCGAUAAGAAGACGCUUGUUUUUCUUUCUUUCUGGGCUUUUUAAAGAGAACCAAUUUUCCAACUUUCCAUUUCGUUGGGAAAACCUUACUUUUUAUAAUUCCAUCAGCCAUCUCUCGGAAACGUUCUGGGAGUUCGUUAACAGGUAAUUGAACUAUUUUGGCAGCCGUUUGCAAUUCUUUCAUAGUCACAUCCGGGAUAUCCUCGUCCUCCUCUUGUUCAGGCAUCCACACAUUUAAUCCUUGCUUAGGAAAUAGGGUAUUGAUAAUGUCCUUUUUAAAUUUUGGUGGUAUAUCCAACGGUCUUGAUUUUAGUUUCCCCAUUACUAUUUGAUAUGCCUUUCUUCAAGGAUCUUCUUCUACUGCUUCGCAGAGUUUCUCCUUGGCGUUCUUUUUGCUUUCUAUUAUUAAGCUUUUUAGUUUCUUCCUCGCACUCAUUAAGUUGGCUUCUAUCUCCUCCAUCUCUGCUUGACUUACGAUAUGUCUGUUAACCCUUGAUUUUUGUCUUCUUAAUUUUUUGCAUAACGCUCGUUGUUCAGCAAUUUCCCCUGUCCACCAGUAUUUUGCUGUUCUUUUUGAGUUCUACUUUUUCUUAGGCAUUGAUCCAUCAUAACCUUUUUUUAAUUUUCCUAUGAUGUUGGUUGAGCUAAAAUAUUUUCCUGGUUCAAAAUGUUUUUCUAAUAAACGUUUAAAUGUUAGAGCAUGCAACUUAUUCAAGUUCCAUCCUGGUUUGCGCGAUACAUAAUUUUUUUCGCAAUCAUUCAGAUCUACUUCAAAAUAUAUAAAUUUAUGAAGACUUGCCGAUUCUUCGUCUAUUACUUCUCAUCUUUUAAUUUCUUCUUUACCUGUUUCAGAGCUUAACGUAAUAUCAAUUAUCGACAUAUGCAUACUCUUUAUAAAUGUAGGUUUAUCGCCUCUAUUCUGCACUACAAAUCGGUUUUUGGCUAUUCAUUCGGUAAAAUUAUACCCUCUGAUAUCUUCUCCAUUUGAGCCCCAUUCUUGAGAUUUGGAAUUAAAAUCGGCUGCGACUAAUAUUUUCCUUUUUGUUUUUCUUAUGUUAUUUUCUAUUUUCUGUAGAUGACUUUCAUAUUCCUGGAUGCUGCAAUUCGGAAAGGUAUAAUACGAAACUAUUCUAUUUGCAUCCAUAUUGAGCCAACAAUAGCCCUUUAUUCUUUUCAUUCUUCCUGUUCUUAAUUUUGGGUUUAGAAUUUUUAUUGAUGUAUCGAAAUUCUUAUCCGUAACCCAUGCACCUUCUUUUUGCAAUAAUUUUUUGUUUGGUUCGCUCAUUAUUAUGAGAUCGCAGUUCAGUUUGGUAGCCAGCAUAUCUAUCAAAUCGUGUGAGGUACGACUUCUGCCAAGGUUUAUUUGUAAUAUUUUUAAUAAUUUUCCAUUCUUUGUAUUACUAUUACCUUUAUGACUGCGAGUGGUCCGAGGCCGACUCGCGCUAAUAGGAUUUUGAUCACUUAUUGUUAGCAGGAGUCGUUGUGGGGUCUAUGAUCUUCUAGUUCCCGUAAAGUAUUAUCUGCCUCUUGCGUCAUAUGUAUAAAGGUGGCCAUAUCUUUUGUCAUUUCUUCAGAUUGUAGGCCUCUUCCAUUUUUUCUGUUUAAUUUCGAUCUAUUGGUGUAAUUGUGCUUUGCUUGGAUUCAUCAGUAUAUUCACUUUUCUGAUCUUCAUUAUCUACUUGCUUAGCGAUAUUUUGUCUUUCGGUCCUUUUCGCUUGGUUUAGUGCUUUUCUAAAUGCUUUACAUUUCCUCAUACCUGCUUAAUGUCCGGCUACUGCAUACAGUGGACGAGACGCCUCAUCAUUGCAGUCUUUUGCAUGAUGAUCUGCUUUACCAUAUCCAAAACAAAUUCUGAAUCUAUCGGGUCCGUUGCGGUCGUUAGUACUGUGUUCGUGUGACCAGCACUUGUAGCAUUUGAGUAUUUUCAAUUUAUUUUCCACUUUACAUUUGACCAUCAUAAUUCUGAUAGACUUGUCUUUUAAUUAAAUUUAUGCAUCUUCUUUUUUUAUUACAACCGUAGCCGCCAUCAUGUUGUUCGGUAGGAGUCUUAGUUUACUGAUUACAUUCUCUUCAUCCCAUUUGCCAAGAUAUUCUGUCAUUGCCUUUCUUUAUGUCUUUUGUGUGGCUUCCAUGUCUAAUUCCUUAAUAUGCAAAACUUCACGGAGAGUGGAUUACCCCACGGCAAUUAGGCAUCACUAAGCCCAUUGUGUAUCCUCCUAAGAUAGGCACCUCCCAGCUCGUGGAGCCAGCCUACAGAUUUGAUGUAAUUUACAACGUCGCCAAGAGAUGCUUUUCUUAUAUCGGCAGGUGUUAGCUAAUUCUCGCCGUACUCAAAUCUUCUAAUAAAUGAGAGCGUUGGAUAAUUAUAGAGGAUAUGCUCGAUAGUCUCAUCUUCUUGAUCGCUAUGGAGAUGCUUCAGUAGGUACUUGGCAAUAACCAGUUAGAAUGCCUCUGGUCAGGCGCAGAUUGUCUAGUCAUAGUCAAGUUUUUCGUCGCUUUAGAAGUAGCUUAGGAUAGUUCAAACCAUCACAGAUUUGAUGCAGAAGUAGCCUAUGUUUUAUCAAUAUUCCUUGGGGACAACAGUCAACUGAAAAAGUAUCCUAUCUCAAAAUUAAAUUUGAAAUUAAAUGCAGAACUAUCCUAUCUUAAAUCAUAAACAACUCAAGGGAAAUUUUAAUCAGAGGUUUGUUCUGCAAAAAUAACUACUACAGAGCAGACCUAAGUCUACUGUGCAGGUCUAAAAUAGGAGUAUUCGAUAUCCAGCUUAGUGUCGAGUUAGGUUAGUUUUGUUUACAAAUAAUAGUAGAAAAUUACCGCGACUUGAAAAUAAACUUGUUCUGACUUAAAGAAUGUACAGUUAGGAAAAACUAUCAAUUUGGUAAAGAAAGAUUGACAGACAAAA